AUGAAAGCGAUGGGCGAUGGUAGUAUGGAGAUUAGUGGGAUUAAAGGCAAAGAUGAAGAAAAAAAAGCCGCCAUGAAGAAUUUUCCGUCAAGUAUUUUGCGCGUCCCAAAUCAAGGAACAAGCUGUGUCAAUGAACGAAGGGCUCAGAAACAAGUCACUUCGAGCGAAAUUCUAAAGGUUGUGGUCUAUCACGAAGAGGUUGACGUCGAUUUUAUUCAUCACGUAAAGAUUGAGAAUCCUUCAGCUUCACUUAAAGAACUGUUUUCCUCGCCGUUAGUGAGCAAGAAGACGCUGAAGCGUAGCCUGGCAAAAGGCAUAAAUUUGAGAAAGCUAUCGACGAUGUCAUCAAUGCUGCUGAAGCAAUUGAUGAAAGAAACGGAAGGAAACCUCGCGUAUGGGCUUGUCGAGGAAUACGUUGAUAUGUUCCCAGACAAGGUGCCGGACAAAUUGCCAUCUGACAGAGGUAUCUAA